ACCAGCAGUCGGAAGUGUGUCCGGCUGAUGAGAGCGUUUAGCGCCUCUUUUGUCCGGAGUUGAGUCGCCCAAACUGAAAGAGGCAGAAGCGGUUUGGCUACUUCUCAAAGAAGCUACAUUAUUUCCUGUAGAGCUUUGGGUGCCAGCCAGGAUGAUUCUGGCAAGAUUAAAGUGCAUUGGGAAGCAGCUCCUGCGGGUGAAGGUUGUCGACUGUAAUGCUGAGGACUCCCGCUUGUCUCGAUGCCUCAACACAUUUGACCUGGUGGCCCUGGGCGUCGGCAGUACGCUGGGUGCCGGAGUCUACGUCCUCGCCGGCGCCGUAGCGCGGGACAGCGCUGGACCUGCCAUCGUCCUCUCCUUCCUCAUAGCCGCCUUCGCCUCGGUCCUGGCUGGUCUGUGCUAUGCCGAGUUCGGAGCCCGCGUCCCCAAAACUGGCUCGGCUUACCUCUACAGCUAUGUGACAGUUGGGGAACUGUGGGCCUUUAUCACAGGCUGGAACCUCAUCCUCUCUUAUGUCAUUGGAACUUCAAGUGUGGCCCGAGCAUGGAGCGCAACCUUCGAUGAGCUGAUCGGAAGACACAUUGAGGAAUUCUGCAGACGUCACAUGACCAUGAAUGCCCCGGGCAUCCUGGCAGAGUAUCCAGACAUAUUUGCCGUCUUCAUAAUAAUCGCUCUGACAGGACUGCUUAUAUUUGGAGUGAAGGAGUCAGCCUUUGUGAAUAAAGUGUUCACCUGCGUCAAUGUGCUGGUGCUGGUGUUCAUGAUCAUCUCUGGCUUGGUCAAAGGAAACCUAAAAAACUGGAAAUUGAACCCACAGGAAAUCCUCAAUGCCAGCAGCAACUAUAGCCUCAAUAUGUCUUAUUCCCCACCCUCAGAAGAAAGACUUGGUGAAGGCGGCUUCAUGCCUUUUGGCAUGAGUGGAGUCCUCUCUGGCGCCGCCACCUGUUUUUAUGCAUUUAUAGGCUUUGACUGCAUUGCCACCACAGGAGAAGAAGUGAAGAAUCCUCAGAGGGCCAUUCCCAUGGGGAUUGUUGCCUCGCUCCUCAUUUGCUUAGUGGCGUACUUCGGUGUGUCCGCGGCCCUCACUUUGAUGAUGCCUUACUACAUGCUGGAUAAGAACAGCCCUCUGCCAGUGGCCUUCACGUAUGUGGGCUGGCAGGGAGCCACUUAUGCAGUGGCCAUUGGAUCUCUAUGUGCCUUGUCGACCAGUUUACUAGGCUCCAUGUUCCCAAUGCCAAGAGUAAUCUGGGCCAUGGCAGAAGAUGGCCUGCUCUUCAAAUGCUUGGCCAAAAUCAGCCCACGAACCAAAACCCCUCUAAUAGCUACAGUAACAUCAGGUGUUGUGGCAGCUGUGAUGGCUUUCCUGUUUGACUUGAAGGACCUGGUUGACCUCAUGUCCAUUGGCACUCUGCUGGCCUAUACUCUGGUGGCUGCCUGUGUGCUGGUCCUCAGGUACCAGCCUGAACAGCCGAGUGUGGCCUAUGAGAUGGCCAACACUCAGGAUGAACCUGAAAUGGCUGAGUCUUAUAACGAGGGGAGCAUCGACAUCCUACCACAACCAGAGGAUCGCUUCACCGUCAGGAAUCUACUUUUCCCUUCUAACACAGAGCCGUCCGCUCUCUCUGGGUUUGCCGUCAACAUCUGCACCAGCAUAAUCGGUGUUUUGGUGUGCGUCUUCAGUAUUGUUGCUGUCCAUGGACGUCUGGCAACCUGGUCAAUCGCUGUCCUCGUUAUUCUCCUGGUGGCCUGUUUGAUCGUCAUCUUCAUUGUGGGGAGACAGCCGCAGAGCAAGACCAAGCUUGCCUUCAAGGUUCCCCUGCUGCCCUUUGUCCCAGUCAUCAGUAUGUUCAUCAACGUCUAUCUGAUGAUGCAGCUCGACAAAGGAACAUGGAUGCGCUUUGCCAUCUGGAUGCUUAUAGGUUUCUUUAUCUACUUCGGCUAUGGUAUUCGCAACAGUGCCGAGGCAGCGUUGAACAGAUCAAACACCCACACGCCAGCCUGCACAAUAAAUGGAGAGCCCAUGGCCACAGAGAAGGAAGCCUUUCUACACAACACACAAAGCGCCACAGGAGACGACGACUAAGAUUCCUGAGGAAACUUGAGGUUCACUACUAGUUAUUUUCUUCUUCCAGACAAAUGUUUUUUUAUCAAAGUGAAAAAGCUAAUAAGAUGUGAAGACUAAGUAAAACAUCUGAAUUUUUCUGUAAUAACACAUUCGAAACUUGCCUUUUUGAGGGUUCAGCAUUUGUUACUACUAGCUUGAAAUCAACAUCUUCAUGUUCUAUUUACAGAAAAGCCAUUAUGAAUUACAAAAGCUUUCUAAUGAAAAUGAAUGAGGCUUAUCUUUUUUCUUUUUUUUAAAGAAAAAGUCCCCACAGGGACCCCACAGGGACCGCCAAAAAUAACACAAAAUGAAAGUUCCUUGUAGGAACCUAAAUUGAGAAUCAGCAAAUAAUUAUUUUUAAACUUGGCUGAGAAUUUCACUGUAUCUUGAGUGCUUUUUUUUGUGUUGCAAGUUCAAUAGUAAAACUUGUACGUCGGAAUUUUAACUCCAGAGAAAAUGUGCUGUACAAAAGCGCAACUCUGUUGGCCUACCUGGGUUUUUCAUUAACGAUAUAACUCAUCGUGGUGCUCUGAAUAAUCUGGUACAGUACGUUUUGAUCAGUAUAUCUCAGUGUGACAGUGUUUUCCUUCUACAGUUGAAUAAUGUUUUCCUCAUUGCAAACAUUAAGAUCAAAUACAACAGUGUUGUCUCCAUCAGGGAACUUUUUUUUAACUAGCCAAAGAAGAGUAAAGCUGCUAAUGUGGAAUGAUUAAUUAAUCACGACAGAGGAUGUAUUUAAAGUGCCUAUUUGCCAAGUGAAUGUAACCCCUUUGAGAGGUCUGAUAUGGUCCUAUCAACAACUAGAAUUGUGAAAUAUAAAUGAAUUGUCUGUAUAUAACGUACACUUUGGAGUUUGAAAAGCGUAUAUUUAUGAUGUAUAAGAGAAAAUUCUACCUUAGCGGAGCAUUUUCACUUUUUAGUUCACAUACACCUGAACGGGCUGAAGUACAAUCAGUUGGUGAUAUUGAACACCGUCCGGUUUCCAUAGUGAUAUUCAUACUGUAAAUUCUGAAUCAAACUGCACCAACAGUUAUGUUUACCUCAAGCAGUAAUAUAUCUGAGAGUGCCUUUGUCAUUCAGAUGAUAUUUAAUGAUUAUGGAAAUGAAAGCUGGUUGUAAGUGAGAACGCAGCAUUUUUGUUUGUUAACUAAAGACUGGAAAUGCAACAAGGUGAAAAAUGUCCCUUUUUUAAAUGAGCACUAUGAUGAAAUGUUUUCCUUUUUUUGCUAUUUAUGGUCCAUUGAGAGAAACUAUUGUUGCCAGAAUUUCACAAUUUAUUUUGAUUGUGGGUCAAAAACAAUGUUGCAAUUCAUUGACAGAGUUGCUUUAGAUUCUUUAACCAUAGCAAUGAAAUAGCGUGCAAGUUUAAUAUAUAUAUAUAUCACAAACUUCCCUUGUCCGUCCGCCAUAGCUUUAAUCUGUCUUUUGUUGCAGGCAUAAUGUAAGAGAAUAACUGUUACAAACUGUGCCAUUGUGGCUGUUCACAAUAAAUAGAUGUAAUAUAUUUGUUUAAAAGCACAACGACUUCAGCAAUCAUUCAUUAGGUCAGGAUCAUCUCCCUUUUGAGUUGGAUGUAACAGUUUCACUUGAGGCCUCAUCUAAACAAAUCACAAAAAGUGCAUUGAACUGUCCUUGACACUGUUUGUUAUAAACAUUUGCAUGCUGCACUAUUUUAGAACGUUAUGAAGCUUGAAAGAGAGAUUGAGAUUGUAUAGUACUGCUAAGUUAUAAAGGUGUUUACAGUGUAUCAGAGUGGUGAAGGUCAGCUGUUCAGCAUGUGUUGUCUUGAUAGUGG